AUGUCCUACGGGUUUCUCAAUAAACAGGGUGCGGCGAGUGCCGGCUCCUCUACGUCGGAGACGCCGAUUCUGUGUGAGACGUGCCUUGGCCCGAAUCCGUACGUCCGUAUGUCAAAGCAGCACCUCGGCAAGGAGUGCAAGAUCUGCGGACGGCCUUUCACCGUGUUCCGCUGGAACCCCGGUGCAGGGAUGCGCUUCAAAAAGACGGAGAUAUGCACGACAUGCGCCAAGAUCAAGCACGUGUGCCAGACGUGCAUCCUCGAUCUGGACUAUGGUCUGCCGACCAAUGUGCGCGACGCCGCCCUUGGCGUUGAGACCAGCAUACCCAUGAACGACGUCAACCGACAGUACUUUGUAAAUCGCAUGGACGCACUUAUGGACGGGGACACACACACGCCCACGCACGACGGCGCGGGCCACGCGCUCCUGCGACGCCUCGCACGCGACGAGCCAGACUAUAAGCGCAACAGGCCGCAAGUGUGUUCUUUCUACGCGCGCGGCGCGUGCACACGCGGAGAGGCGUGUCCCUACCGCCACGAAAUUCGCGAGGAGCAGGGGCGGCAGAGUAUUCAGGAGCGGUACCACGGCGCACACGACGUGAUUGGGCGUGGUCUGCUGAAGAAACACGCCGCUGCGAGAGGGCUUGUCGCGCCGUCGGAUCCUGCAAUCAUGACCCUGUUUCUCACAGCACUCCCUGAGGACGUGACUCAAGAUACCCUGCGCACAGCGCUGCUUGCGUCCGUACCGAGCGUAAAAAGCGACGAAAUCCGGUCCAUCCAGCACGUCACCUCAUCGAACGCCGCUUUCCUCAACUUUGUCUCGCGCGACGCUGCAGAGCGUGCGGCAGAAGGGCUUGCGGUAAAGCUCGAUUUCGAUGGAAAAGAAGUGCGCGCCGCGUGGGGCCGCACUCCGUCGCGUGUAGAGAGUACGUAG